UUUCACUACGGAUUUCAUUUCCGUUACUCCUGACUCUCGGGAUGUUUUUCCCAAAACAUUUUAGCUAGCCGAUGAAUUAACCUAAUAAUGUAUGUUUGUAUCUCACAAUGUCAACACACUCACGUUUAUAUCGGUUACAUCUAUAACGUUGAAGGAAUCUGCUGAUAUUGUUGUCUGCCAUAAUGGAACGUGAUAUUUUAGAUGCGCUGGAACAAGUUGGGUAUGAAGGACCUCUGCAGGAUGUGGAGACGCUUGUCAAAGCAUGUGAAGGUGGACUGUCAUCACCAGAGUAUGUCAACCUAUGCAUGUGGUUUGCAUCCCGUCUGAAACCGUUAUGUGACCUGGAAGAGAGCAGUACAUCAGGUUCUGGUGACACUGAUGGCCUUCGGUUUGAGAUGAGUGGCAUGCUGAAGGAGUUGCAGUGCCCCUAUCAAGGCCUUGUCUCCGGGAUUCUACAGGGAGGGCUGCAGAAUAAUAAGGACUAUCUAAAGCUAGCAUUGUUUUUAAUCUCAGAGGUACAAGCUGCACAGAUAGUGAAGAGCCGACAUGUUGAGGACAAAGAACCCAAAGACCGAAACGAUCUCCAGGCAAUCUGUGAAACACUGAAGCUCCCAGAGCCAAGAGAGCAGGAAGUAGCAGAGCUGUUCUCUGGGAUAGAACAAAAGAUAAACGCAGUGCUUCAAGAGCUUCCAAAGGAUCACAUUGGAAAGUCAGUACUGAAGAACUCUCUCGACAGUGAACAGUGGGAAAGGCUGGAGCAGAUCAACACGGUCCUGUCCUCACAGUAUGAGUGUCGACGGAGGCUGCUGAUCAAACGUCUAGACGUCACUGUGCAGUCUUUCGGCUGGUCAGACAGAGCCAAGGAGAGAGUUGACAGCAUGGCCAGGGCCUACCAGCCUAAGAGAGACUCCCUGGCCCAGAGGUCGUCUGUGGGCAUGGCUCACCUGCUGGCAGCCAGGGAGGACAUCUGCAACGUGGUGAAGACCAGCAGUGGCUCCAGCAGAGAGAAUACUGCCUGUGCCAUCAAUAAGAUCCUGAUGGGGAGGGUACCAGAUCGUGGUGGUCGGCCCUCUGAGAUAGAUGCCCCCCUCCCUGAGAUGCCAGCCUGGCACAAGAGACAAGACAGCGGAGGCAGUCGUGGUGGUCGGGGAGGUGGUGGUGGUAGUUGGGGAGUGGGAGGGGUUAAGGGUGGCUGGCAAGGAGGGGGUGGAGUAGGAGGUGGCGGUGGUUGGGGUCAUGGAGGAAAAAGAGGACGUUAUCAAUACUAACGACAAUUAUUUAUUUUUUACUGAAAAGCCAAACAGUAUUACAACUGAAACCUGCUCAUGGGUAUCUGCUUCGCUAAGGGCAACACUAAGGCAUUGUUUAUUUGGAGUGAUGAUGUGUACUUGACUGAGAUGUACAGAAUGCUACUGUAGGAACUCUCCUAAAUAUUUGUCACCCAUUUUUGUGUUCAUUUUCAAUGCUUUUAUGAACUGUGCUGCUGAGGAGAGUUGUAGAAGCAAUACUGACCGUUUUUUGGUAGAUUCUUAAUUAUUUUUGGUAACACUUUACUUGACACCCAGUGUCAUAACACUAUGACAUGGUCAUAACCAUGUCGUAUGUCAUAACA